CUUGCUAAUUACGGCGGUGGAUCGCCAAUAGCGAACUUUAUCCAACCCAUGAAAAUGAUGAUAUCAUGCAAGAGUUAAAACGUCGUUGAGCAACCACAGCAGCUUCACCUCUUCUUCCAAACUCUCAAUUAAAAAAAUCUGUGUCAAUAAAUUUAGUAAAGUAUUAGAAAUGAUGUCAGUUGUUCGUGCAUACAUUUCAACGUUUUCACAUUGAACGAAGAAUUUAGAAGAAGUAGUUGCUACCGUCGCAAUCCGUCGCGUUUGUUCAUUUGCACACGGCGCGGACAAUGGUGAAUGAGUCAACUCGUUCCGAGUUUUCUGCAUUCUGACUGCUCUUGCAAUUUGCCAUUCGUCUUCCUGAUUUGUUUCAUUCUGCCUUGUUUGAUUAAGCUAUCUUGAAAUUCGGAUUGCUGCUCUUGGAAUGUCCGUGUCUUUAUUGCUGAUUGUAUUGCUAGCUACUUCUAUGUGUUUAGAGAAAAAGGUAGGGAUUUAAGUAUUAGAAAUUAUUUGCAGCAGCUUGAGAUGGUGGUGACUUUUGGGUAUGCAAAGUUUGGGAGGAUUGUGAUUGUAUUUUUGUGCUUGGCGUCCGUGCCUAUCAUCGCAAACACCCAAAGGACGCCUCAGGAAGAAGUCAAUGCAUUGCAAUCCAUCAAGAACAGUUUCACUGAUCCGUAUAGAAAUCUUCGCAACUGGAACAGAGGGGAUCCAUGCACUACAAAUUGGACGGGUGUUAUCUGCCAUAAUUUAACACCUACUGAUGGUUAUCUGCAUAUUACAGAAUUGUUGUUGCUAGAUAAGAAUCUUUCAGGAACUUUAUCUCCAGAGCUUGGCCGUUUCUCUAGUAUGAAGAUACUGGAUUUUAUGUGGAACAAUAUUAGUGGGACAAUACCAAAGGAGAUAGGCAACAUCACAUCUUUGGAAUUGCUGCUUCUUAGUGGAAAUCAGUUAACUGGUUCCUUGCCUGAAGAGCUUGGUAAACUAUCGAACUUGAACAGGAUACAAGUUGACGAGAAUCGAAUAUCUGGACCUAUACCACUGUCAUUUGCCAACUUGAGCAAAGCAAGACACAUCCACAUGAACAAUAACUCACUCAGUGGACCAAUACCACCGGAGCUGUCUCAACUUCCAAUUCUUCUUCAUUUGUUGCUUGAUAAUAACAACUUAUCAGGAUAUCUGCCCCCAGAAUUAUCUGAAAUUACACAUCUUCUAAUACUUCAACUUGACAACAACCACUUUAGUGGAAGUACAAUACCUUCUUCGUAUGGCAACAUGACUAGCUUGUUGAAGUUGAGUUUAAGGAACUGCAGUUUGCAUGGGGAUAUUCCUAAUUGGAGCAAUAUGCCUAAUGUUGCUUACAUAGAUUUGAGCCUGAACCAACUUAAUGGAUCUAUACCAACAGGUGCACUUUCUCGGAAUAUUACAGUCAUUGAUCUCUCUAACAAUACUCUCAAUGGAAUCAUUCCUGGAAGCUUUUCCGAGCUUCCUCUCUUACAGAAAUUGUCCCUUGCAAAUAAUUUCUUAAGUGGUUCUGUUCCAUCCAGCAUUUGGCAUAACAGGAUUCUGAAUGCAUCUGAGAGACUUAUACUAGAUUUUACAAACAAUGAGUUUUCAAAUAUUUCAGGGAGUCUUCUCACCCCUCCUAACGUCACCAUCGGGCUCCAGGGAAAUUCACUAUGCUCCAAUAGGACCCUCGUUCAAUUUUGUAGGCCUAAUGAAGAAGAUCUAAGUAACUCAUUGAAUAUCACAAAGGUCAAUGAUUGUUCUCCUCAGUUAUGUGAACCUCCUUAUGAGUAUGCCCCAGCAUCUCCUGGCAUGCCUUGUUUUUGUGCUGCGCCACUGUAUAUUGGAUAUCGCUUGAAGAGCCCAGGGUUCUUCGAUUUUCUUCCUUACUUCAACGCAUUUGAGGAAGAACUAAGUUCUGGGCUUGGGUUGAAUAUACAUCAGCUUGACGUCAAUUCUGCUAUAUGGCAGAAGGGGCCUCGUCUCAGAAUGCAUCUUAAAAUUUUUCCAACGUACACAAAUAAUAGCUUGCAAUUAAUUAACGAGAGUGAGGUACUGCGGAUACGGGACUUGUUUAGCGGUUGGAGGAUCAAAGAUAACCAUGUCUUUGGGCCUUUUGAGUUUCUCAAUUUUACACUUUCAGAUGCUUAUGAAGAAUUCCUCCCACCUUCAUCGUCAGGCAUAAGCAAGGGAGCACUAGCAGGUAUUAUAGUGGGAACUAUAGCUGGAUCAGUCAUUCUAUCUGCAUUUGUUUCUCUUCUUAUCUUGAGAAGACGUAUCCAUAAACAUCACCAACUAUCAGGGAAACGUUUAUUAUCAAGGAGCUCUAUCAAAAUCGAUGGUGUGAAGGAUUUCAGUUACAGUGAAAUGGCACAGGCCACAAAUAAUUUUGAUUUCUCUAGUCUGGUAGGGGAGGGAGGUUAUGGAAAGGUUUAUAGAGGUGUUCUUGCUGAUGGAAAAGUUAUUGCUGUAAAGCGUGCUCAAGAGGGAUCACUUCAGGGUGAAAACGAGUUUCUUACAGAAAUAGAAUUGCUCUCAAGAUUACAUCAUAGAAACUUGGUGUCACUGACUGGAUAUUGCGACGACGAAGGUGAACAGAUGUUGGCUUAUGAAUUCGUGUCUAACGGCACACUGAGGGACCAUCUAUCUGGCAAAUUUAAAGUGCCUCUGAAUUUUGCUAUGAGGGUAAGAACAGCAUUAGAUGCGGGCAGAGGCAUCCUUUACCUUCACACCGAAGCCAAUCCUCCAAUAUUUCAUCGGGAUAUCAAGUCAACCAACAUAUUGAUUGACUCUAAGUAUACUGCAAAGGUUGCUGAUUUCGGACUGUCAAAGCUAGCUCCAGUGCCAGAAUUCGAAGGCAAUGUCCCUAGUCAUAUAUCUACAGUGGUCAAGGGAACCCCGGGAUACCUUGAUCCGGAGUACUUCCUAACUCAUAAGCUAACAGACAAAAGCGAUGUUUAUAGCCUUGGUGUUGUAUUUUUGGAGCUGCUAACUGGAAUGCGCCCUAUCUCCCAUGGGAAAAACAUCGUCAGGGAGGUCAACAUUGCAUAUAACUCUGGCAUAAUAUUCUCUGUUAUCGAUGAACGGAUGGGAUCUUAUCCUUCUGAGUGUGUCCAAAAGUUCAUAAAUCUGGCUCUCAAGUGCUGCAAAGAUGAUCCAGACGAGCGGCCUUCAAUGGCUCAAGUGGUGAGGGAAUUGGAGAACAUAUGGAUGAUGAUGCCAGAGAAAGAUACCGAGAUUAUAACCGAGUCCCCUAUGAGUUACCCAGGAAAGGAGGUGAUGACUCCACCCUCUUCAUCGUCUUUCGUGACCACAUCCUAUGCUUCUGAAAAUGUCACCGGCCGUGACCUAAUCAGUGGUGCCAUUCCUUCCGUUGCACCCAGGUGACGAUCCCAUCCCGCCUUCCUUAUAUUGUUGUGUUGGUAGAAAAUUGUUCAUAGUUAUGUACAGUAUACGACCACUGUGAUUUUUAUUUGGUGUGUCACGUGGAAAUGAAUAGGGAAAGGUGUGUAGAUGGAUGCACAUAGUUAGAUUACCUUGUCUUUUAAUAAUCAAUAUGGUAUCAGAGUCGGAUCGAACCUCACAUAAUGGAGACAGUGUGUGAGCAUUUGAGUGGGAAUAAACUGUUUGAUUUGGUAGUGAA